CACAUCUAGUCUCAAGACAAUGUCUUCUUCCAAAGGAGUCAGACGAGCUUCCCAUGCUGGGUCAUGGUACGAUGCCAAUCCUAUUCAACUGAAAGAAGAAUUAGAAUCAAAUUUAUCUCAAGUCGUACCUCUCCCUACUUUAGAUUAUAGUCCUCCGUGUCAAGAUGCGAAAGCUAUUAUCAGUCCACAUGCGGGAUAUACGUAUUCUGGUCAAGCUGCAGCUUGGGCUUAUGCUUCUAUACCUACUGAUAGAUAUAAAAAGGUAUUCGUCAUAGGUCCAUCACAUCAUCAAAGUUUUCAUGGUAUAGCAUUAUCACCAUUCAAAUCUUAUGCCACGCCAUUUGGAGAGAUAUUGCUUUGUACGGAUACCAUUCAGGCUCUUCGUGAGACUGGAGAGUUUACUCAGAUGAGAUCGGCUGGAGAUGAAGAAGAACAUUCUUUAGAAAUGCAAAUGCCAUAUUUGAGAUUAAUAUUUCAAGGCCGAGACGACCUUCGAUUAGUCCCUCUGAUCGUCUCGCAUCCCACUGCUGCGCAAUAUGAAUCUUACGCUUCCAUCUUAGCUCCAUAUUGGAACGACCCAGAGUCAUUUUUCGUAUUCAGCACGGACUUUUGUCAUUGGGGAUCUCGAUUCUCUUACACAAACUACUACCCCCAAGCUCCCUUCCCUGAGGAUCCCGUCCCUCCUAUCUCUUCUCCCGGCGAAAAGCCCGCAAUUCCCUUAACCAUGCGCAGUACACCAGGCGGAGGAGGUCAAAUCUGGCAAAGUAUCCAAUAUAUGGACCAUGAAGGUAUUGCCAUUCUACGCGAUCCUACCAGUCCAACUGCUGUUGACGAUUGGAAUGCUUAUUUAAAUCGGACGGGUAACACGAUCUGUGGUAGAUACGGUUUAUCCCUUUUUCUCCAUUUGGUCAAAAAAGUGUACGGAAGUUCUAGUGGUAAAAAUGUCAAAACGACGUUUGUGAGGUAUGAACAGAAUGAGAAAUGUCAUACUUCGCGAGAUUCCAGUGUUAGUUAUGUGAGUGGGGUAGUGAGGGUUCAGUAAAGUAAACCCAUUGGAGUAGGUCAUUGAGUUGUAUAGAUCUUUCGUAAGGAUGAUGUAGGUUUUGUAAACGCCAUGAAAGGAUGAGAUAU